UCUUUCAAACUCCAUGUCAGUAGGUGGCAGUAAUGCCCACAGUUUCUGUCUGAAAACUGUAUAUGACGUCCAAGAAGGAGGGAGCUCCUCUGUUUCUGUUGAAUAAUGCUAGCUGAGACUUAAAGCUACGAUGAUAAACAGCGUUUCACAACCACUAGUUUGAGCUUUAUGGACGAUCUACGGCUAUGUCGUCGCGGAUAAAGAUUUAAAGCUCAUUCUGGAAGAGACCGUGCACCAUGUCAGCUUUGUUGCAACACUGUGCUGGCGUCAGUAGGAAAUGCAGCAGAUGUUUUUGGACGCCCUCGAGACGAAACUUGCAUUAUUAUACGUUAGCUUCGAGGCUGACAUCCAGGGUCACAGUGAAACAUGUCCUGUUCAGCAAUGCGUUUGCUAGGAAGACGCUGGUUUCCAUGUCAGAGCGGACUUUCAAAGGUCAGCCACAGGAGAAACUCAUUCAGAGUCUCCUCCACAGACCUUUGAGUCCUGGCAUGGUUGGGCUCGGUAAAGAGUUAAUCCGGAACAAUCUAUUAAGGAACCCCAUUGGUUUGAUAAAUCUAUUAGGGGCGACAACAUUUUUCAGCACAUCUCGGUCUCAACAACAGAAAAACAAAAAUGAUGGGCCAAAGAAAAAAUCGCCUGAAGAAGAUGAAGAGGAGAAGAAGCGGCGUGAGCAGGAGGACCAGAUGUACAGAGAGCGCCUGCGGACUCUCUUCAUCAUCGCCCUCAUCAUGAGCCUGCUGAACUCCAUCAAUACCAGCGGAGGCAACAUCUCCUGGAACGACUUUGUCAACGAGAUGUUGGCCAAGGGAGAGGUGUCACGUGUGCAGGUUGUUCCUGAGAGCGACAUCGUGGAAAUCUACCUUCAUCCCGGAGCUGUCAUCUUUGGAAGGCCUAGACUGGCCCUCAUGUAUAGGAUGCAGGUUGCCAACAUUGACAAAUUUGAGGAAAAGCUGAGGGCAGCUGAGGAAGAGCUGAAUAUCGACACCAAAGACAGAAUUCCAGUGUCCUACAAACGUACAGGAUUUUUUGGGAAUGCGGUCUAUGCUCUGGGGAUGGCUGCCAUUGGUGUGGCUAUCCUCUGGUACAUCUUUCGUCUGGCUGGUAUGGGGGGCAGAGAAGGUGGCUUUAGUGCUUUUAAUCAGCUGAAGAUGGCCAAGUUCACCAUAGUGGACGGUAAAUCGGGUAAAGGUGUGAGCUUCAAAGAUGUCGCAGGAAUGCACGAGGCUAAAAUGGAAGUGAAGGAAUUUGUCGACUACCUAAAGAGUCCAGAACGUUACCUUCAGCUGGGGGCAAAAGUCCCCAAAGGCGCGCUGCUACUCGGUCCUCCCGGAUGUGGCAAGACCCUGCUGGCCAAGGCUGUCGCUACAGAGGCCCAGGUCCCCUUCCUGGCCAUGGCUGGCUCUGAGUUUGUGGAGGUUAUCGGAGGUCUCGGUGCUGCGCGAGUCAGGAGUCUAUUCAAAGAGGCCCGCGCACGAGCGCCCUGCAUUGUGUACAUUGAUGAGAUUGACGCCGUAGGCAAAAAGCGUUCCACCAACAUGUCUGGCUUUUCCAACACGGAAGAGGAGCAGACUCUCAACCAGCUGCUGGUAGAGAUGGAUGGAAUGGGAACAACAGACCACGUUAUAGUCCUCGCCUCCACUAACAGAGCAGACAUCCUAGAUAAUGCUCUAAUGAGGCCCGGCAGGCUGGACAGACACAUCUUCAUAGAUUUGCCCACUCUGCAGGAGAGGAAGGAGAUUUUUGAGCAGCAUUUGAAGAUGCUGAAGCUGACGCAGCCCGCUGACUUUUACUCCCUGCGCCUGGCAGAGCUCACCCCGGGAUUCAGUGGUGCAGACAUUGCCAACAUCUGCAAUGAAGCGGCUCUGCAUGCUGCCAGAGAGGGUUUAAAGUCCAUUGAUACUUUCAACUUUGAGUAUGCAGUGGAGAGAGUCAUAGCAGGGAGUGUGAAGAAGAGUAAGAUCCUGUCUAAAGAAGAGCAGAGGGUGGUGGCCUUCCAUGAGUCUGGACACGCAUUAGUGGGAUGGCUGCUCGAGCACACGGAGGCCGUGCUGAAGGUGUCCAUCGCGCCUCGUACAAACGCCGCCCUUGGAUUUGCUCAGAUGCUGCCCCGUGACCAGUAUUUGUUCACCAAAGAGCAGUUAUUUGAGCGCAUGUGCAUGGCUUUGGGUGGAAGAACUGCAGAGGCCAUAACCUUUAACAAAGUCACCACAGGAGCUCAGGACGACCUGCGCAAGGUGACCCGGGUGGCGUACUCCAUGGUGAAGCAGUACGGCAUGUGUGACAGUGUCGGGCAGGUCUCGUUCCCAGAAACAGAGGAGCAGGGGGCUGUUGGACGCCGGCCUUUCAGCCAGGGCCUACAGGAACAGAUGGACCAUGAGGCUAAGAUGUUGAUAGCCCGGGCCUACAGACACACAGAGAAGCUGCUUCUGGACAACAGAGACAAGCUCACACUGUUGGCCAACGCUCUUCUAGAACGCGAGGUGGUGAACUAUGACGACAUUGAAGCCCUGCUGGGCCCCCCCCCUCACGGCCCCAAGAAGAUGAUCUUACCUCAGAGCUGGGUGGAGGCUGAGCGGGACAAGCAAGACACGGGAGAAGACGAACCGCGGCCACCCCCCCGCAAACACAGACAGGACGACGUCAAUCCUGAAUUGGUCUGAGUUCAAACCCAAUAGUUUCCAGACUCUUCUCAGACUGGUCUGAUGGAUUGUUGUAGGUUUAGAGGAUGGCAUGAAGCAGCUUUCCAGCAGCAGCUCUGUUUGUGACGUGUGGAGCUUUUCUGAAUGAAUCUUCUUCAGUAAUGCUCAUGCUUGGAUUCUGUGUGCUCGCUGCAGCUGAUACAUUAGGCCAUAAUAACAUUUUAAACAAGCUGUCUCUAUUUGCAGCAGUUUCUGGAUCCAGCACUUAUGACAUCCAUCUGCUCUGAUUUUCCAGAAAUGUUCAGGAACAUAGUCAGGUUUCGAGUAAAAUAAUUUAUUUUGAAAGGAUUUUUGCAACAUGUGACUGUAAAGAACAUUCUAAAGGCCUUUUUAUUGUUCCUUACCUGACAGACAAAUUUGUCAGCUAAAGAAUCUCGCAGAGAAUUUGUAAGUUAUUUUAAAAAUUAAAUGGAAUUCAUUUUCAUCCUAUACAAAAGAAACCAUUCAAAGAUGGUAUGUUGUUGAGCAAACUGAUGCACACUGUGCUCUUGGUUCCACAUAAGGAUGAGUUAUUGUCUUUAUUUUGGAAUCAAACUUUAGUUUUACAAAUAAAACAUCUACAAGCAAACGUCU